GAAAAAAGUAGAGGUCAGCCUACAACGCUCACUGGCGCGUCUAUGGCACGUCACGUUGCACGAGAAGAAGUGCAUCCUGCAUCCAUCUCCGCGUUCAUCAACUGGUCAUCUCAUCAUCCUCAUUUUGCGACGUGUCAUCCCGCCCUUCACUUCGUAAAGCAUAUCGAUUUUAUUCGCCUGCUGUCCAGCCUAAGGCUACUUCUUUAACUACCCCAACUCGACAUACGUACGUCCCAAAAGCCUUAGAGUGUUCCCUUCCAGACAGAGAAAAGGCACUAAGCGAGGAUGAGCAUUGCAGCCUACCUUCAAACAGAACUUGUCGCUCUGUCCAAUGAAGCGAGGCGCAAGCACCCAGAAAUCAAGGAGGCUGCCGAGAGGGUUAUCGCUUUACUACGACACCCCGGACAAGGACAGGGUUCCAGUCUUGCCAAUGUGCUUAGCCAGAAUCAAGAUGUACUCAAGCCGUUUCUUCUCGCGUGUGACACCAAAAACGUCAAGUUGGUGACCAUAUCGAUGGGAUGUCUCCGCGAGCUAAUAUCUCAUCGUGCUAUGCCCGAGAGCGCCAUCGAAGUGGUAUUAAAGACGUUGAACGACAUCAUGUCCCAUGGAGUGGAGAUACAGCUCAAGAUUUUGCAGACGAUCUUGCCGCUUUUGACCAACUAUAAUGUCCACGGAGAUUCGCUGGCAGAGGCACUUCUUCUCUGUUUUCGCCUACAAGAUUCCAGGGUUGUUUUUGUCAAUAACACUGCCGCAGCGACCCUUCGUCAAUUAGUGAUAUACAUAUUUGAAAAGGUUGGCGACGAAGACUUGGCGAAGCAGGAGCAAGGAAAAACUAGCCAAUGGCAAGAAAAGGAGGAAGCUACUGAUGCCCCGGCGUCAGAACAGGAGAAUGAAGAGCAGCUGGGACCAUGCGCCUUGGAUGCGUAUCUGCUGUUUCAGGAUUUGUGCCUCCUUACCAACUCUGAGCACGCUCGUUUCUUGAAGCUUGGCAGCAUCAGCCGGACGUUUGGACUAGAACUUAUCGAGAGUGUUCUAACCAACCACUUUCACCUUUUCAAGCAGCACGAGGAGUUUGCCUCGCUCUUGCGUGAGAGGGUCUGCCCCUUGAUUAUCAAGAACUUCUCCGACAAGCAGGAUUUCCCGCAGACCAUGCGCCUCAUGCGAGUGGUGUACAUACUGAUCAAGCAGUUUCAUGAGAUCUUGGCUAUCGAAUGCGAAAUUUUUCUCUCGAUGUUGAUCAAGCUGCUGGAGCCAGAGGGGAACAUCCUAUGGCAGAGAGUGUUGGCGAUGGAGAUAUUCAGGGGAAUAUGCGGGGACAACGCUCUCAUGAGAAGAGUAUAUAAUGCGUAUGACCAGCAAGGAACAAGCACGGACAUCUUUGGAGACAUGAUCAUUGCUAUCGGGCGUCUAUCAACUGAGAAGCCACAGCUUAUCGGCGCAGGGAGCUUCGUUCAGGACAGCUCUGAGAAUACCAAACCAGCCAGUGUCAACGAGAGGGAUGCGAAUGAAGGUGGAAUCGGCGGCCUAAGCAUCCCAACUUCGACCAUGCGUAUUCAAUGCGUAGAUCAACUCGAUAAAGCAGAUCCUCCUCAGAUCCCGGAGACAUACCUAUACUAUUUAUCUCUCGUGUGCACCAACUCAAUCGCGGAUGGGCUGGCAUCCUACAUAUUCCCGAUCGUCUCGCAGGCACUACACGAUCAGCAACGACUCGCACAGGAACAAAGGGACACCACGGAAAGCGCAGAUCCUGCUCAAGCAAAACCAGUUCUCUCCCUGUUUCCCAACACAAACUCUCUUGAACUCUCGAAAACAAAGGAGGCUGACGACAUUGCGCUGGUUACCAUCAUGGCGGAGUCAGCCUGGCCUGGAUUGCUGGCAGCAUUCUCAUACUUCCUCGGCUCGAAUCUGGACGAGGAGCUGUUUCACAAUGUGAUGCGUGCCUACCAAAACUUUACCAGUGUUUGUGGUGUCUUGCAACUUGUUAUACCACGAGAUGCGUUUUUGACCUCGCUGUGCAAAAACUGUCUUCCGAUCCUUCCAGCAUUGGAGCAUCGGCCAGGACCACCUACUGGCAACAGCGCGAUCCAGGAUACAACAACUCCAAAUAUUUCAGAAAAGAACAUGUACUGUCUACGUAUCCUGCUCAAUGUUGCUCAGUAUCUUGGAGGCACCUUAUUCGACAGCUGGUAUCUCAUUCUGGAGACCAUGCAGCAGGCGGAGUAUUUGCUGAAGGCUAAGCUGCAUCGGAGUUCCUCAGGACAGAUGAAAAAGGCUGGAGCAGGAAAUUUUGGAAGCAGCCAGCAGACUGCAAAAGCACUCUCACCGUCACAGAGCUCUUCUCACAAAUCCACGAAUAACGCUAUCGACUAUGCUGGAUUAGCAGCAGGCUCCUCGCAUCAGGAUGCGGACGUGCUGGCCCUUCUUGCGUCGUUUAAGCAGCUGUUCGAUCUCUCAACACAUCUCGACAUUCCUUCGUUCCGGAGCUUUACACGUGCACUAUGCAAAUUGGGCGCAGCUGGAAGUGGUCUCCCCUUCUCGGAUGGCAAAGGGGCAACCACUGCUCCGUUUCUCAAGGGACUGCGACACAUCAACAAAUCAGACGACAGGUCGUUUGCGAUCGAGAAGCUGAGGCAUAUAUGCUUACUCAAUGUCGAUCGGAUUGCCUCAGGAGAGAAAGGCAUCACGGUCUGGGAUAUUGCUGUGGGAUACCUGAUUGAGACGUCCAACCAUCCAGCGCCCUCAGCUCAGAUUCGAAUGCAGGCAUGCGAUGCCAUCUCUGAUAUCAUCAUCGCGGCUAUGGCGCAUGCGGAACAAAACUCUAUGGCGAAGCAGGAGGAAACCCAAAUGCGCGUGAUGAAUAAUUUGCGGGAGCUGAUCCAGGGGCACAGCAAUUCGCUAGUGGAGAUUCAACGCAUGGGUCUGGAGACACUCAACAAACUGCUUCAGACGUCAGGCCAAUCCCUGUCCUUUGGAUGGGGUAUCAUCUUUGAAAUGAUUCAAAGCUCGAUUGGAACACUUCCUUCAAGAAUACCAGCGGAGUCAACACCACAGCAAGACCAAGCCAGCGACGAGAUCGACCACCAACCGUCCACGGGUCCUGCAAAACCUACUGGACUUGUUCGGAUUGCAUUCCCGUGCCUGCAGUUGAUUUGCACGGACUUUUUGUCGCUGUUGAGUGCAGAUAACCUUCAGCUCUGUAUCGAUACCCUAGCCGCCUUUGGUUAUCAGACUGAGGACCUCAACAUCUCCCUUACUUCUGUCGGUCUACUUUGGAACAUCUCCGACUUUAUUCAACAGAGCUUGCGGGACUUUGGAUCGUCUGCGCUCGACCCAGCAACAGAAUCAAGUUCAGUCGAAUCGGGAGCCGUUGAAGAUAUAGUACUGCAGUUUCCGGAUCCCACCCUGUCUCAAAAGAACCUCAAUGGGCUCUGGAUGCUACUUCUCUACAAGAUUUCAACCCUUUGCUCAGAUGCUCGUCCAGAAGUUAGGAACGGCGCGAUACAAACGCUGCUUCGAACAAUUCAGAUCAACGCCAUCAGCUUGGACCUGCGGUCAUGGCGUCAGUGCGUGUGGAAGAUUCUUCUACCUCUUUUGGACGAGAUCGAUAUAUCCUCGUGUCGAAAAGUCGACUAUGUGCAGCCCCAACCUGCUCCUACGGGUUCAUUUGUGAUGCGCAACGAUUCGCCAAGCAAGCAAUGGGAUGAGACGCAUGUGCUACUAUUUAAUGGUCUUGCGGAUGUGUUCCAGGCGUUUUUGCUGCAGUUGAUCAGAUUGAACGACUAUUUGGAAGCCUGGGUGUUUCUUUUAGAGCGACUUGAGACGGCAUCGCUGUUUUCAUCGCCAGAUGUGGCCAUCGCCGCUUUGAAAGGCAUCCAAACGAUGAUGAAGGUUCCAGCUGCAAAAGACGACGAGGCUUCCAAGGACCAUCCAGACAGCGAACAGCGAGAACAACGGCUGGAACGACUCUGGGACACGGCUUGGCAAGUUUGGGAGCGGAUUGGCUGUGCUAUCGUGGGGCGUGAGCCAUCCAUUGGUGAACAGCGCGUGGACUACAGUGCUCGAGACCGGCCUAUGACCAAAAACUUUACACAGGACACGCUUACGGAAUAUGUUAACAUUAUGCAUCAUUUGUAUCCCAUCCUUGCCAAGAAGUUCCAACUAAGGGAUUUGCGAGCGUUCCUAGACGUUGUCCAUCUGGUGCUGAUCUUUGAUGCCAGCCCUGUGUACAGACCUGACAUUGACUACCUAUCGCCACUGCAGCUCUCGAUCCACGACGCCUUGACAAUGCUUAAUCUGAAUACCAUAUCCGGCGGUCCCGCCGCUGUCUUGGAGCAACUUACAAACCAAUUCCUUCUUGCCUUUGAAGUUGAGCCUGUAGGCGCACCCACGAACGCGCCGACAAAUUCGACAGGAUCUGUCAAGCCAACAUAUAUUGCUCUUUGUAAGGUGACGGUGGCAAGAAUCGUCUCCAUGCUGGACAAAUUCCAGCGGGAAAAAGGAAUCUAUGCGGACGGGGUCUAUGCCAAGGUUCUCAAGUCGUUUGGUACUGCCAUGAGGCUGCGUUAUAAAUGCCCACCGUCGUAUAAACACGUUGAAGAUGCUCCACUUUGGAAAACAGCUACGACAGCCUUCAUGGAGAGCAUUAAAUACGGUCUCACUGUCGUCGAGUCUUUGGAAAAUGACAUUUCCGAUGAACAAUUUUUUGAGAUCUGGCGCGAAAUCGUUGAUGUGUGUCGCGGAACAAUGGCGCCUGCACUACCUAUUCCGUUAACGGAUAUGUCACUUAAGAGCCAGGCUCUAGACGAAUCGUUUGAUUUGGUUUACCUUCACACUCUCAAAACAAAGGUCUUCUUUAGGAUGGGAUAUCAUCGCGUGCCUAUGGACACUCUGGCCGAGUUAAUCCAAAUCCUCGAUCGCGCAGCCAAUCUCUACAUCCUCUCCACCCCGGCCAUGAUAGAUGCUCCGACGACCAUUACAGUACCCACAGCGUCGCAAGCACCUUUAUCGGCGUCUGUCACCAAUGACAGGCAGAUUAAUUCAACCGAUUCAAAGUCAAAGCUGGCGUCCUCUGCCGCGGACGAUUCGCAUCUAGACAUUAUCCAAGGCCUGGGCAUCACUUUGCACUCAACUACGAACACCAUGGUUCCUGUCCGACGCGAACGAUUCGCAUUUGCCUGUCUUGAAACCCUAUUCGACCUCUGCUCGUCGGGGGAGGAGCUACAACAGGAGAACAAUGAACAGAAUGGAGUGAACCGAGGCAUUAGCACUUGUAGCAGUGGUGGCCCUGUGUCUGCGCACACAAUAAGCCCACCAGAGAUGGAGCUUCGGAAUAGGACUGCCAAUGUGAUGACGCCUGUGCUGAUGCAAAGGUGCCAUGCAUUGCUGGACGCUUACAGCGCAGACCAGGCUCUAUUGGGCAAAUGCCCCUUCCCGCGGUUGCGUCACCAAGAAAUCUCACUGAUCUUGCAAAGACUUGACCAGCUGAAGUUAGUACCAGGCGUCCUCAGUUUAGAAUCUGGGCAUGACAAUGGACGAAAGGGUCAGCAGCAGCCCCAGUUUGCUGAGAUUAGAGAGAGUGUCCUCACAGGGCCAACGGCGCAUCUAUUUUAUUUGUACGAUCCUCUGACGGACGCCAUGUUCUGUCAUGAUCCAGAGGUGCUGCUCCUACUCAAGGCAUGUCUCAAGACAGCAGGACGGUCCAUUGGCCUUUGCAAAUAGCCAUUUUGGUAAACGCGACAACUCCUUAGUAAUAAAAAGCUUC